GUGCGCCCCUGAGAACGUCCCCGGGAGCGCAGCCAGCGCGCGCGCGGGGCCGGCGCUCUGGAGUGAAAAGGAGGCGGCGGCCGCGCUGGAGCAACAGAGCUGGGAGCUGUGAGCACGCCAGCUCUGCUGCUAUGCGUUUUUUUUAAAUUCCAGAAAAAUUAAUUAAAUUUUAAAAUCUUGCGUUUUUCAAUGGCGCUGGCCCCGGGUCAGCGGGCGGUUUUCUCUGCCUCAAGAUGGGCUUGGCCGUUUCUGUCGGGGUCAUCAGUGGUGGCCUGAUUGGCAGUCUUCUCCGGGCAUUUGUAAGGCCAGGAGCUGAGCGCUGCAUGUAGGAGAGUCAGUCUACAGAGCAGCUUGGUUUCUACAUUAUUGUUACUGUUUUUGGCAUUGGACUGUCCGUCUCGUGAACUCCGUACUCUCUGCAGGAAAGGCUGCCAGCCGGAGGUGGGUCGCUCCGGGGUGAAAUUCCGCCCGGGUGAGCGAGCCCGGCCCCGCGCGCAGUCCAGGCGGCCCGAGUGAGUGUCCUCCCUGCCGGCGCCGGGAAAAUGGAGGCUGUGAUUGAGAAGGAAUGCAGCGCGCUAGGAGGCCUCUUCCAGACCAUCAUCAGCGACAUGAAGGGGAGCUAUCCAGUUUGGGAAGAUUUCAUAAACAAAGCAGGAAAGCUGCAAUCCCAGCUCCGGACGACAGUAGUAGCAGCAGCUGCCUUCUUGGACGCCUUUCAGAAAGUGGCCGACAUGGCUACCAACACACGUGGUGGCACCAGGGAGAUUGGAUCUGCUCUAACCAGGAUGUGCAUGAGACACAGAAGCAUCGAAGCCAAGCUGAGGCAGUUUUCGAGUGCUUUAAUUGACUGCCUGAUAAACCCGCUUCAAGAACAGAUGGAGGAAUGGAAGAAAGUGGCAAACCAGCUGGAUAAAGACCAUGCAAAAGAAUAUAAAAAAGCACGCCAAGAGAUAAAAAAGAAGUCCUCAGACACGCUGAAACUGCAGAAGAAAGCAAAAAAAGGGAGAGGCGAUAUCCAGCCUCAGUUGGACAGUGCUCUCCAAGAUGUCAAUGAUAAAUAUCUCCUAUUGGAGGAAACAGAGAAGCAGGCAGUGCGCAAAGCUUUGAUUGAAGAACGUGGGCGAUUCUGCACCUUCAUCUCUAUGCUGCGGCCAGUGAUUGAAGAAGAAAUCUCAAUGCUCGGGGAAAUAACUCACCUUCAGACCAUAUCAGAAGAUCUAAAGAGCCUGACCAUGGACCCUCACAAACUGCCCUCCUCAAGUGAACAGGUGAUUCUGGACCUGAAAGGCUCAGAUUACAGUUGGUCGUAUCAGACGCCACCAUCUUCCCCCAGUACCGCCAUGUCCCGAAAGUCAAGUGUCUGCAGCAGCCUGAACAGUGUCAACAGCAGUGACUCGAGGUCCAGCGGCUCCCACUCGCAUUCCCCCAGCUCACAUUACCGCUAUCGCAGCUCCAACCUGCCCCAGCAGGCGCCCGUGAGACUGUCCAGCGUGUCCUCCCACGACUCAGGAUUCAUAUCCCAGGACGCCUUCCAGUCCAAGUCACCGUCCCCCAUGCCGCCAGAGGCUCCCAACCAGUUGUCUAACGGGUUUUAUCACUAUAGUUUAUCAAGUGAGUCCCAUGUGGGACCCGUGGGUGCAGGUCUUUUCCCUCAUUGCCUGCCUGCCUCCCGCCUGCUCCCUCGGGUCACCUCUGCCCACCUUCCAGACUACGCUCAUUAUCACACCAUUGGGCCCGGCAUGUUCCCGUCAUCUCAGAUCCCUAGCUGGAAGGACUGGGCUAAGCCUGGGCCCUACGACCAGCCUCUGGUGAACACCCUGCAGCGCCGCAAAGAGAAGCGCGAGCCGGAGCCCGGUGGAGGAGGACCUGCUCCCACAGCCGGAGCACCCGCAGCAGCUGCCGAGGAGGCCCAGAGGCCGCGGAGCAUGACCGUGUCGGCCGCCACCAGGCCUGGUGAGGAGAUGCAGCCCUGUGAGGAGCUGGCCCUGGCUCUGACACGGAGCCUCCAGCUCGACACACAGAGGAGCAGCCGGGACUCGCUGCAGUGCUCCAGCGGUUACAGCACCCAGACCACCACCCCGUGCUGCUCCGAGGACACCAUCCCCUCCCAAGUUUCAGAUUACGAUUAUUUCUCUGUGAGUGGUGACCAGGAGGCUGAGCAGCAGGAGUUUGACAAGUCCUCCACCAUCCCGAGGAACAGCGACAUCAGCCAGUCCUACCGACGGAUGUUCCAAGCCAAGCGCCCAGCCUCAACUGCUGGCCUCCCCACCACCCUCGGACCUGCUGUGGUCACCCCGGGGGUUGCAACUAUCCGACGGACCCCUUCCACCAAGCCUUCCGUCCGCCGGGGGACCAUAGGAGCUGGUCCCAUCCCCAUCAAAACACCCGUGAUCCCUGUGAAGACCCCAACUGUCCCAGACUUCCGUGGGGUGCUGCCAGCCCCUCCGGAUGGGCCAGAGGAGCGGGGUGAGCACAGCCCCGAGUCACCGUCUGUGGGGGAGAGCCCCCAGGGUGUCACCAGCAUGCCCUCCUCCAUGUGGAGCGGCCAGGCCUCCAUCAACCCCCCGCUUCCAGGCCCAAAGCCGAGUAUCCCUGAGGAGCACAGACAGGCGAUUCCAGAAAGCGAGGCCGAAGACCAGGAACGGGAGCCCUCAAGUGCCACUGCCUCCCCAGGCCAGAUUCCAGAGGGUGAGCCUGCAGACCUGAGCCCUCGAGAGAUCCCGCAAGGAGAAGACAUGCUGAACGCCAUCCGAAGGGGCGUGAAGCUGAAGAAGACCAUGACCAAUGACCGCUCGGCCCCUCGCUUCUCCUAGGCUCUCUUAGGCUUACCAGAAAUGCUGCCAGGGAAACGAACUGUCUAAUUAAUAAUACCUAAUUUGUCUUGAUCCAUUCCAAUCUAUAAUCCAACAAAAGAUUUUGUAGGCAACUCAGAACACGGCUUUUUUGAAAGUACUCCACACCUUUAGAUAAAAAUUGAAAGCAACAUAUAUAACUGAUAUAACCUUGAUCUUUUAAUUUGUAAAUAUUGAUAAUUUUCUCUCUGCACAUUUUAAUCUUGGUUUCCCUUUUGAUUUUUCUGAAGGUGCCAAAUUCCAUUUAACUUUUUUAUAAGUCUUUGUAAAAUUUUAAAUGCAUAAGGGGGUGGGGGUCGGGGCAGGGGAACCAAAAAGUAGUUAACUUCAGCAAAAGGAUUACUGGACUCCUUUCUCUCUCUCAAUCUUUUUUUUUUUUUCCUUUCUUUUCCUGCAAGCUUUUGUAGAUGCAUCGUAGUAGUCUGGCUUAGAAGCAAAUUCAAGUUAUUUUAAUGUACAAACAAAAUGGAUAAGGGGAAAAUUCCUCACUUAAAUAUACUCUGUUCUGGGUCAAAGAGGCAGGAGGAACCACUGAUGAGCAAUAUUCAGAAAUGAAGUAAAUCUGGAAAUGGUAGACAGUUGGGAUUGGGGGGAGGGCCGUGGAGGGACACACUGUCAACAUAGCCGAUCCUGUUACAUUAAGAGUAGCCUUGUAGGUUGAAUUUCUAGUAGCUUCAUGGUAAUUGCAUCCAAAUAAGCCAUACUGGAUUGCAGUGUUUGUUUCUGUAGGGUGUUUAAGGACUUCUUUCUCCCACAAUUCCUCUUGACUGCACACAGCACCCACCUCCAGUCCCGUGCAUGCUGCCGCCACUGGGUAGACGUAGAAUCCCCCCCUUUAGUUUUUCGACUCUUGUACUCACUUUCAUUGAAUCCAAAUACAUCCAAAAAAGUAAGGCAAUUUAAAAAAAAUGUGAAAACAUUUUGAAUCGAUAGCAGGGAAUUCUUAGAUAUAGCAAAUGCCUUUUACUUAACCGUGCCCAGCAGGCUGGGCACGUUGAAAAGCCCAAAUAUUUUGAAAAAACUCGAGUGGAUUUAACAAGGGUAACCAGCUUGGAGUCUAGCAACUUGCCAAUGUGUUUACCAAUCUGGGGGCUUGUUUUUCUUCUCUUUUAAAUAAAUGGCAGUUAAUUGGCUUCAUACUAAAGAUUGACCAGAGGAGGAUUUGUUUAUUGUCACCGGGAAUCUGAUACUGUAACUGUCCCUUUUUUGUAUUCUAGGUAAAAAUGGUUUUUGGAAUGGAUUUAUGUCUUCUCUUUUUUAAAAUGAAAGUUAAGUUUGUUAUAAUAUCCAUCUCCUAAAGCCAACAGAGAUUUGUAGACUUAAAGGGAUCAAUCACAUUUGGAGAAGACAGCAGUGUUUAAAAGGGCAAGAAACCCACUCAGCAUAGUCAGGUCCCACGGAAGUGCCCAUUUGUAAUCGCAGCACUCAAAGAGCAGGCGCUUGGUGGGUCCCAGAGACCCUGCAGAUGUCUGUUGGCUCUAAUCUUCAAUUAUGUAAUCUUACGCUUUAAUACAUAACCGCACUGGAUGGGAGAGUCAUGUACCUGUAUAGUCAUUGUUCUUUAUAUUAACAUUUAACACUGCUGUGAUUGCUCAAGGACAUUUUAUGUUACGGCUUUAAAGCAAAGGCAUGAUUAUUAGAAACUACUUAAGCUUUUUUUUCUUUGAAAAACAAGCUCCUCUUACAGAAUAUAAGCAACAGUAGUGCCUGUGGUUUAGCCCACCAAUCUUGAUGACUAAAAGUAGCUGAUGCAUUGUGCAUAUGAUGCUUGAGAUGGUUUCUGCAAAAGCAGAAACCACUGCAAGGUAAUGACAAUAGAUAAAAGUGGUAUUUUAAACCUUUGAAAUAAAUGGAUGUAACUGUACUUUGGUACAGCUUUUCACUUGUUUAGUUUUUAAACGUUAGUAUAAUCUGAAUAAAUUUAAUAUAAAAUGUUGCCAAAUUCCACGUAGAAAGGAUGUGACAAAACACCUUGGGUAGUUCUGUUUGUGUUUUUGCAUAUUGUAAAAGCAGUGUCACAGCUAAAAAUAAAUGGUUUCUAAAGGUAAAUUAUUGUGGUUUAGUUGCUAGUUUGUACCGAGAGUUGACCUCUCCUUGUGCUGGUUUUUGUUCUAAACUUGUAUAAAUAACAAUUGUGUAAUGUGUCUCCCUUCUACAUUGUAACACUUGCUGCAGCCUACAUUAUAAAUAAAGAACCACUAGGGGAAAAAGAAAAAAAAAACUCCUGUAUUU